UCCUCCUUCCUUGCUGGGCCCUUCCCAUGUCUCCUCCCUCCCUGCUGGGCUCCUAUAUAAUAGGGGGGCCACAGGGAAGUCCACGUCUCCCCCGGGCCAUUCCAUAGGUGUGGUGUGCCGCUCUGCCAGAGAGGAGGAUUGAAGGAUUGAAGGAGCAGCACUUCAUCGUUUUAAGGUCGAGUGUCCGGCGUCCAUGUGUCCGUCUCUGACCAGAUCUGCUCCGAGCGAGCUCAACCAUUGGUGGAGCCAGCUGAGGUUCCGCCUCCAGAACAAGAAAGGAUGGAACGAGAUGUUGGAUGAGUCCUUCCUGCUCCACACCAAAUGCAUCAGAGACAACGCUCUCUUCUACGCGGCCAACAACAACAGCGUGGCGUCCAUCCAGAAGCUGCUGAGCUGUCCGUCCACUAAUGUCUUCGAGAGAGGGGCUCUCGGCGAGACGGCGCUCCAUGUUGCCGUGAUGGCCGAUCACCUGGACGCCGCCGUGGCUCUGAUGGACGCAGCUCCCGAACUCAUCAACGAGCCCAUGGCCGCCGACGUCUUUCAAGGUGUUACUCCUCUCCACAUCGCCGUGGUGACGCAGAACAUCAACCUGGUUCGUCAUCUGAUUGGUCGCGGGGCCGACGUGGCGACACCGCAGGUCACCGGGCUGUACUUCAGGAAGAGGAUCGGAGGACUCGUGUACUACGGUGAGCACAUCCUGUCUUUUGCUGCGUGUGCUGGGAACAAGGACAUCAUCUCCAUGGUGAUUGAUGCAGGAGCCAGCACCAGGGUCCAGGAUGAACGGG